AUGACUUUCAAAAUCUCGUUCACCUUGCUUUCCCUCUUGCCAUGCUUGUAUGCGUACAAAAUCGACGCCUCCUGCAGCGGCAACGAUGCCUCCCUCAUGAAGACCGCGGCCGAGCAAGCCUUCGACAUGGCGAGUCAGGCUUACGACGCCCUGACUGUGACCGGCAUGCGCGAUAGUAACGUCGACCGCUUGGUUGAACUGCUGUUCUGCCGAGAGGGACAGACGGCUGCGGAGUUGGAUACUUCGGCGCUCAUCAACUCGUUCUUGGGGAUUCGACAGAUGAGAAAUGAAAACGCUGAUCCGGGGAAUAAUCCUGAUGAAGUUGUCAUCUACUGUAACAUGGACCGACUCGAAGAGCGCGAUGAUGGCUGGUACGACACAGAGAGCGGCGUCGCUCUGGCAGAUCCACCGGACCACCAGCUGCAAGAAUGUCGAGACAAGAAAGAUCGCACCUUGAUGUACACCUGGGUACCGGAGAAUGAUCAAGAACAGCCGAUCGGACCCGGUCAAGUCACCAUAUGCCCGUGGUUCUUGCAGUACAGCCGCCAGCUCAAGUACAAGACGUUCAAGGACAUCUCGAGCAAGUACUUGAAGGCCCUCUUCCAGAUCCCGCUGUCGACGACGAAGCUUGGUCCUUUCGAGCCCAUUGACACCGUCAAUCUUCUCGACAAAGUCCUGCUCCAUGAGUUUACGCACACCGUUGCCGGAGGCCGUACUGACGAUGUGAACUGGCCGGACAACGAGAUGUUCGGCAAAGCGUACGGCUGGACGUCUUGCAAAGAACUGGCAAAAUCAGGCCAGGUCGGUGCUGAAUUCAAUGCUGAUACAUUGGCGCUGUUUGGAAGCGGUGUUCGAUUGCUUAAACAGGAGCCUCCUUCGUACAUCACCGACGACGGCCGGAUCACGAAGAACAAUCCAGCUGCUAAAAGAGCUGUGCCCUCGUACUUCGAAUAUCCAACAUCGACGGCGCCUUCGCGAGCUUUCGAGACUUUCAUCACCGUGAUCAAGGAAAGACGUGCCAUGGCCACGGCAUUCAGCAGCUAG